CUCGCGCUUAUUGUCCCUGCCGGCCGCCCUAUCCUCGAUUGUCUCGUGACAGACGCUGGCCAAUCACAGCGCAGACUGUACGAGGGACGACAACUAAAUAUAACGGUAGUCCGUUAAAACGGAGCGGACGGUUUGUAUUGCGUUAUUACCGUGCUAUUUUAUUCAGCAUACUCACUGACUCCUAUAAAAAUACGCUUAAAUGAAAUAUUAUUUUUUUCGACUUAUAUUUCAUUCAAUGUUUGGCUCAGUCGCACGAAACAAACAACGCGAGCGCCGCGGGCGAGCGCAGACGGUCGCAAUAGAACCGUUAAUUCUCUGACGACAUUAACGGUAGCUAGCUUUCUGACAGGACGUCAACAUCAGCGGGUUGUUUUUGGAUAUCAUUUUAUUGUUAGCUUGUAGCUAACAGCGCACACUGACUGUCUGUCCUGUCAGUGAACAUCCAGGUCGAUCCAGGAUGGAUGCUCUAACAUGCUAGGACCAUGUUCAAAAAUGUUUUCGGCUCAGGGUUUCUGGUCAGAACAGCUCAUGUGAUUCUGACAUGGGUCAUAACGUUGAUACUCUUCCUACAUGAUACAGAGCUGAGGAAGCAGGAGGAGACAGGCCAGCUCGUCCAGCCUGUGCUCUUCGUCCUGCUGGUGCUGGUGUCGGUGCUGCUGUAUUUCGCUGUCUCUCUAAUGGACCCUGGCUUCAUCUUGUCUGAUGACAGCGAUUUACAGUUCACACUGGGAGUGACCGAGGAGCAGCAGGACAUGAUCCCACCCACCACCAAGUCCCUUCGACAGCGCCGCUGUGGCCACUGCCUGCUGCAGCAGCAGCCAAUGAGAUCAAAGCACUGCCAGACGUGUCAGCACUGCGUCCGGCGUUACGACCACCACUGCCCGUGGAUUGAGAACUGUGUGGGUGAGAGGAACCACCGCUGGUUCGUGCUGUACCUGGCUGUCCAGCUGCUGGUGCUGCUGUGGGGGCUGCACAUUGCCUGGACAGGUUUCAGCUACGCGCCCACCUGGCAGCUGUGGCUGCGCACCAACGGUAUGCUGCUGGCCGUGGCCGUGCUGGUGGCCCUGCUCUCGCUGAUCGUGCUGCUCCUGCUCGGCUCCCACCUCUACCUGGUUUCUCUCAACACCACCACGUGGGAGUUCAUGUCGCGCCACCGCAUCUCCUACCUCAAACACUGCGGCGCCGAUGAAAACCCCUUUGACCGCGGCACCUUCCACAACCUGUGGGGUUUCUUCUGUGUGUGGGGCACAGUGGUGUGGGAGCAGGUGUACUUCAGGGAGGGCAGCGACCAAGUCUAAGAACACAUGACAAGCACUAACAGACUAUAGACUGGAUUUCACUCACGGACAAGCUUUCUGGAUUCGGGGAUCACACAUUGACCACAAAGUUGGGAGAUCAGCUAUCCUUGUGUGCAGUUUACCUUUAUAGAGGCUGUUGUGCCAUAACUCUGCAGCAUUCCCCUCUAACAUCUCUCCUUUCAGCACUGCAGUGGAUUGCUUGCUUGUGUUGUCUUGUUGCGUUGUCGCAGUCCACAUUUCCGGCUUCCCUCCUCUCUCCAAGCAGCUGCCAACAGACUGAAAGUUGUCUCCAGAAUAAGGUACCUAACUGCUGGUGACCACCUCUACAUGGACAACAGCUACGUAGCCCUUAUUCUAACUAUAGAUCUAUUCCACAGCAGCCAUAUCGACAUUAAAUAGUAGGGUAAACACAAUGAUACUAAUUACAGUUGGUCCAUUCAGGUCAGAUAGUCAGGGUGCUGCUGUUGUGCAUGCUGACCCACUGGAAAGGCUCUGUUACACGCGUAUCAUUGUUUACCAUUUCCCUAAGACAGGAACUAGGGCUCUGAGUGAAGCUAGUCAUAAAACCCAGUUGUUUACACACCCACGUCCCACUUGACUCCUGCCUCCUCCACUGAAUCAUUUAUGUGGGCAGUAAUUACUCGUUUGAAGUGACACAUGGUACACCUGACUGAUGGACUGUUAAUUAACCCUGAAGUUUACUCUUAAUGAAUAUUGCAUAAACAUCUGAUUCAAAUAUACUUGUUUUAGGUGCAUGUGUAGACAAUCCAGGUCUGUGGUUGGGUUCUCUCUGCACUCACUGGAGGUAGACCCUGAUUAACAAGUUUGGUUUUUAAUAUUGUACACUUGUCAUUUUUAGUGUAGAAAGUUUCAUUCUGUGCUUGUUUCAUGUGCUACAUUUCUGUAAUUGUCAUAUUUAUUCUGCACAGAGGUUUUACAGGGUCCACUUGCUUCAACAGCUUUUGUCUGAACAAAACUGUUAGUUGAAGUGAGAGAACAAAUUACAAUCAUUUUUUGCUAAUAUUAAAAUAUGAAUAUUUUGAGAUAUGGUGUGAAAACUGUACUGUAUUGUUCCCAGCAUUUAAUCCAACCACGAUGUACAGGAUGCUUUGACUUUCUGUGGACAGCAUUUCAAGCUAUUUUAUAUUGUACAUCAUUUUUAAACUAUUUUGAAGCAGAUUCUGUCUUUAGAGUUUUGUACGACUGUUUUAACGGAGUGACUGGAGGAAUACUGCGGAACAGUAGCUAAGAGUUAGUAGAGAGCUGUGAGUGCAAUACAUUGUUUGGUAUCACCAUUUCAGCUUUUCCUUGUGCAAUAGUAACCUUGUAAGACAGCAAUAAAUGUGGUGUUGGAUGAAAUGCAGACUGCCUCCAGCUGGACUGUCAGUGAGAGCUCUGGUUUAUAUGAAUUAACAUUUAAUUCAUGUUGUGUACUUCUGAAUUAUAUGCAAUACUGUCAUGCAAUGUUUUUUUACUACUUUGAAAUGACUGUAUACAUCAAUAAAUCAAUGUUUCAUGAA